AUGAGGCCAGCAGGCCCAGCGUCUCCUCCGAGCACUCGCGCGCGGCUGUGGCGGCGCUGUCCUCGUCGCAGGCCUCACGCUGGCCUCCGAAGUCGCGCCACAGGUACUUCAGGUACUGGGGAAUGGGAGUGUUGUGAACGGGGCGUGAGGGCCGAGGGCGGGGUGUGA